AUGAGAAUUGUGCUAAAAAUAUUUGAAGAAGAGGCCGCUGAAAUUGAAUAAAUCAUAGAAAGCAUACAAAUGGAAAACGAUUUAAAAAGAGUUAUGAGGAAUCAUUUGAUGGAUCUAUGUAGCUACGCCUUGCCACCUCCAUAAAUCAAAACAAUUUUUGACAUCAUUUUACUCAUAAUGGGAAAGCCUGUUAAGUGGCAAAAUGCAAGAGAAGAAAUAGAAAAACUUAACUUUGUUGAUAAUCUUAGAAACCAUGACAUUUCGGGGCUUACAAGAGAUCAAGUUAUCUCAGCUGAUGACAAAAUAUCACGUGACAUAAGUUUUAACUCUCUCAAGAAGAUAAACAGAGCUGCUGCUUAUCUAUUUCUAUGGGCAGAUAACAUACUUCACCUUCGAUUUUUGCAAUUUAAAUUUGAGGAUAAUAUAAGUGAACCUUUGAAAACUCAAAGAUAUUUAAAUGAAUGCAGGCUUGUGAUUAACUCCAAAAUUUACCAAUUGGAAAAGAGAUAAAAAAAAUAGGAUUGA